AUGUCGAUCCCACAGUCCACCAGAUCAGGAUCUCCACAUUGGCCAAUUCACCCUUGUUGGUUCACAGUUUUCUUCUCACCCACAACUUCCACCAUUCGCCCAGCACACCAAGCUCGCGCCUCUUCUGUGCUUCCCUCAUUUCAGUCCUCUGCGAUACGCCUAUAUCACGCGCAACGCCAUUUCUUUGCCAGUCAUAUCUCAAUGCUUACUACCACAACCACAGGCGUUGAAACUUCUUGUUGGGUAGUGCGAGGUUUUACCACCCUCGGAAAAGUGAUCAUGGCUCCACCUCAAUCUCGAAUCUAUCUGCUCGGCCGCAACAAAAAAGACAAUAAAGCGGCCAGGAAGGAAGAAGGAGCAAAGGGGAAGAAAACAAGUGCGACGGUAAACCACGCAAGCAACUUGAAGAAAGCUUCAGGAUCCAGGCAUUAUGAGGCCUACUACGAGGACGUCGAAGACGAAGACAACACCACUCAAGAAACGCCGUUGUUCUCCAGGAAGCGCGUCCCAUCUGUGGAAGAAAUCUGUAACUCGGUGAGGAGUGCGCUCCAUGCCGAGAUUGUAGCUGCGGAUGAGAACGACAGCCUAUCAAGCGGCGACGACACCGAGUCAAGUGGAAAUCAAAGCGAGCCAGACAGCUACACUAACGAGUCUCCGAGUGCGUCUCUCUUGAUACAGGCACCGCUCUACGUACCAAAACGCGACCGACUCGAAGCAGUGCCGCAUACCCACCGACGGGCAAAUGCAGCCCCUCGGAGCCAUUCAGAUUCCGACGACUCGUUCCUGCAGAGGAUUGUUACUCUCUUCGCUGGACGCAAGGUUUCUACAAAAGCAGCGAGCAUCAAGAAGUGCAACAUCCCUUCCCCGAUCGCUCAGUCUCCCGCUCCUGAACAAAAUGAGCAAACCCCAUAUGCUACACCUGAGCAAACACGCACACCUCCUCCCAUACCAAGACUCACCCACUCUCAAGCUAUCCCCGCCGUCUGCUCCCCCGAAGUCGAGCACCUCUCUCUGUAUCCAGACUACACCGAGAUCCUGCCAGCGCCAGAACACCCAACCACAGGCUACGCCGUAAUAACGGACGACAUCUUCAUCCCUACAGUUGUCCAGCGCGGUUUCAAAGUCCCCAAGACUUCGCCGCUCGAGCCUCGACGCAAGAACUCGGCAGCCGAUCUGCUGGAUCGGGAUGGCGACGUGUGGGCGCAGUGGUCCUCGAAGAGCUCCAGCCCCGAGACGAUGCCAUUCGCAAGAAUGCAGUCAAGUGGCAGGUGGCCGGACAGCCGGAGUACGUCGACUAGUGAGGCGAGUCGAGUUGAUGACGAAGAGCAGGCGAGAAGAUAUAACGAGAAUGCAAAUCACGAUUUCGACGCGGAUAUUGGGUACAACUAUCCCUUUGCUCAGGGUCGGUGCUGGUAGGGGGGGACGCAACCCGAUGGACGUCAUUUCUUCGUUGCUUGGAAUUCUUUGCUGUACUGCCAUCUCAAAGGGCCCACGUAUCAUCGCCCAACAAAACUGUUGAGUUGUACGCCGAGAAUGCAAGGACCCAGUCCCAACAAGGGGAUGUAUUUGUAGACAGUGUUGUGCGCUGGGGCGUGUGUAGCACUAGAAGGCGUUUUAUACCCAUUUGAUCUUAUUUUUGAUUUUACAUUGCAUUGUCAG